AAACUGCCUUUUCUCCACCAUCGAACUCCCUGUGUGUGGGAGGGCGGUCCGUGGUGAUGAGCCUGCUAGCAGCCCUCGAGCAGGCUAGCUGUGCGGAGCUAGCGUGCUACCAAACUGUGCAGUUUAUUUUCGGGACAGCACGAUGAAGAACAUCAUGAAGUAUGAUAGACUUAUUCCACUGUAGCAUAUUGACAACAUCACCGGGAGCAAGAGGCGUCUUUUCUUCACCAUAGCGGGUCGGUCCGACCCUCCAGUAUCAUUGUUUGGAUGGACUAACGCAAGAGCUAGCACCGCUGCCUGAGACUUCCCGAGCGGGCACGAACGGGAUUUACUCAGCUAGCCGCUGCUAAUGAUUGUGCUGGCUGGCUAGCUUCGCGGCUAACCGCUAAUCUGACACAGUUGGUUGACAUCGCUCAUCUGAUAAUUACCAGGCUGUGAAAAAGAGCGAGUUUGCUGGCACGACCAUGCCUCCCAGGCCCUCCUCAGGAGAACUAUGGGGGAUGCACUUGAUGCCCCCCAGCAUCCUAGUGGACUGCCUUCUGCCAAAUGGCAUGAUUCUCACGUUGGAGUGCCUCCGGGAGGCCACGUUGAUCACAGUCAAGCAUGAGCUUUUCAAAGAGGCCAGGAAGUACCCUCUUUACCAUCUGCUGCAGGAGGAGAGCUCCUACAUCUUUGUCAGUGUCACCCAGGAGGCAGAGCGGGAGGAGUUUUACGAUGAGACGAGGAGGCUAUGCGAUCUCAGACUCUUCCAGGCCUUCCUCAAAGUCAUCGAGCCCGUAGGCAACAGAGAAGAGAAAAUUCUCAACAGAGAGAUAGGUUUUGCGAUUGGAAUGCCUAUAUGUGAGUUUGAUUUGGUGAAAGACUCAGAAGUGCAGGACUUCAGAAGGAAUAUUUUAAAUGUUUGCAAAGAGGCUGUGGACCUCAGAGACAGUAACGGGCCCCACAGUAGAGCUUUGUAUGUAUAUCCUCCCAAUGUAGAAUCCUCAGUCGAACUUCCCAGGCACAUCUAUAACAAGCUAGAUAAAGGUCAAAUCAUCGUAGUCAUCUGGGUUAUUGUGUCACCCAGCAACGACAAGCAGAAGUACACCCUGAAGAUCAACCACGACUACGUGCCGGAGCAGGUGAUCGCCGAAGCCAUCCGCAAGAAGACGCGCAGCAUGCUGCUGUCCCAGGAGCAGUUAAAGAUGUGCGUGCAGGAGUAUCAGGGAAAGUACAUCCUCAAAGUCUGCGGCUGUGACGAGUACUUACUGGAGAAAUACCCUCUGAGUCAGUACAAGUAUGUGCGCAGCUGUAUCAUGCUGGGACGGAUGCCCAACUUGAUGCUAAUGGCAAAGGACAGCCUGUAUUCCCAGCUGCCCAUGGACAACUUCACCAUGCCGUCUUAUGCAAGGCGAAUAUCCACAGCGACACCCUACAUGAAUGGGGAAACAGCCACCAAGUCUCUAUGGACUAUCAAUGGAACACUGCGGAUCAGGAUACUGUGCGCCACUUAUGUCAAUGUGAACAUCAGAGACAUUGACAAGAUCUACGUCAGGACUGGGAUAUACCACGGUGGAGAGCAGUUGUGCGACAAUGUCAACACCCAGCGUGUGCCCUGCUCUAACCCCAGGUGGAACGAGUGGCUCAACUACGACAUGUACAUUCCAGACAUCCCCCGCGCUGCCCGACUCUGCCUCUCCAUCUGCUCUGUGAAAGGAAGGAAGGGGGCUAAGGAGGAGCACUGUCCCCUCGCCUGGGGCAACAUCAACCUGUUUGACUACACCCACACACUGGUAGCAGGGAAGAUGGCUCUCAACCUAUGGCCUGUGCCCCAUGGCUUGGAAGACCUGCUCAACCCUAUCGGCGUCACGGGCUCUAACCCCAACAAGGAAACCCCUUGUCUGGAGCUGGAGUUUGACCACUUCAGUUGCCCUGUCAAGUACCCUGAUAUGACCAUCAUUGAAGACCAUGCAAACUGGAACAUAUCCAGAGAGCUUGGCUUUAAUUACUGCCACACUGGUUUGACUAACAGACUGGCGCGUGACAACCCCCUGACCGACACCGACAAUGAGCAGCUACGCCAGGUGUGUAACAGAGACCCACUCUCUGAAAUCACUGAGCAGGAGAAAGACUUUUUAUGGAGGCACAGACAAGACUGCCUCAACAUGCCAGAGAUCCUUCCCAAGAUCCUCCUGGCUGUGAAAUGGAACUCCAGGGAUGAGAUUGCACAGAUGUAUUGCCUUCUGAAGGACUGGCCUGCUAUCAAGCCAGAACAAGCCAUGGAGUUGCUGGACUGUAACUUCCCUGAUCCAAUGAUCAGAGAGUUUGCCGUGAAGUGCCUUGAGAAAUACCUAACAGAUGACAAACUCUCACAGUACCUCAUUCAACUGGUUCAGGUUCUAAAGUAUGAGCAGUACCUUGAUAACCCACUUGCACGCUUCCUGCUGAAAAAGGCAUUAACCAAUCAGAGGAUAGGACAUUUCUUCUUCUGGCAUUUAAAGUCAGAGAUGCACAACAAGACGGUGAGCCAGCGGUUCGGCCUGCUGCUGGAGUCGUACUGCCGGGCCUGUGGCAUGUAUCUGAAGCACCUGAGCAGACAGGUGGAGGCCAUGGAGAAACUCAUCAAUCUCACCGACCUCCUCAAACAGGAGAAAAAAGAUGAGGCACAGAAGGUUCAAAUGAAGUUUCUGGUGGAGCAGAUGAGAAGGCCAGACUACAUGGAUGCCCUGCAGAGCUUCACCUCCCCACUGAAUCCAGCUCAUCAGCUGGGAAACCUCCGUCUGGAGGAAUGCAGGAUGAUGUCAUCAGCCAAGCGACCUCUAUGGCUUAACUGGGAAAAUCCAGACAUGAUGUCAGAGCUGCUUUUUCAGAACAACGAAAUCAUCUUCAAAAAUGGAGAUGAUCUGAGGCAGGACAUGCUGACGCUGCAGAUCAUUAGGAUAAUGGAGAACAUCUGGCAGAACCAAGGCCUUGAUCUCAGGAUGCUGCCGUACGGCUGCCUGUCCAUCGGCGACUGCGUGGGUUUGAUCGAGGUGGUGAGGAACUCUCACACCAUCAUGCAGAUCCAGUGUAAAGGAGGCCUAAAGGGGGCACUGCAGUUCAACAGCCACACACUGCAUCAGUGGCUCAAGGAUAAGAACAAGGGAGAGAUGUAUGACCAGGCCAUAGAUCUGUUCACGCGGUCAUGUGCAGGCUACUGUGUAGCCACAUUUAUCCUGGGCAUAGGGGACAGACACAACAGCAACAUUAUGGUCAAAGAUGAUGGACAGCUGUUCCACAUAGACUUUGGCCAUUUCCUCGACCACAAAAAGAAGAAGUUUGGGUACAAGAGAGAACGUGUGCCCUUUGUGCUCACACAGGACUUCCUGAUCGUUAUUAGCAAAGGAACUCAAGAGUGCACCAAAACAAGGGAGUUCGAAAGGUUCCAGGAGAUGUGUUACAAGGCGUACCUGGCGAUCCGGCAGCACGCCAACCUCUUCAUCAACCUCUUCUCCAUGAUGCUGGGCUCGGGGAUGCCCGAGCUGCAGUCGUUCGACGACAUCGCUUACAUCAGGAAGACCCUGGCCUUGGACAAGACAGAGCAGGAGGCCCUGGACUACUUCAUGAAGCAGAUGAACGAUGCUCACCACGGCGGCUGGACUACAAAGAUGGACUGGAUCUUCCAUACAAUCCGCCAGCACGCCAUGAACUGAGAUGACAGCAAAAACGAAGAGAGGAGUGCAGGACUGUGGAAGCAACAGCACACUAAGAACCAAAAGAGUAGCAAGAAGCGAGCAAGGUAUUUUCCCAAACACACUAAGGCCUGGUCGAUAUGUCUGCCAGCGCGUGACUCUGAAACAUCACCUGCCAGCGCACUCACUCAGUAAGGGUGCUCAGAAGGGUCAGUUUCAGGAACAUAAAGCCUAAAUUCGCCUGUUUCUACAGGUUUCUGAAUUUCCUCUCCCUGCACUAUGAAUUUAAGAGGGCCGGGUGGAUUUCUGUUUCGUCAGUCUUCUUCAUAGGAACUAAAAGCGUAAAGGACCUCGACCGCAUUCUUCAUGUGAACAAACUAUGGACAAAUCUUUAUUUUCUUCUAUUUUUUUAAAAUUUUAUUCCUUUCAGUACAUCUACAGCCAUCAGCAUCAAGAAAGGAACGUCACCAGGAGCAUAGCUGGCUUUUUCUAACGAUGAACUGACAGAGCGUUACCGCAUUAUUCCCACUACCUAUUUUGAACUGAUGAAGACAAGGGGGAGAUGCCGGCGCACGGAAAUGAAAGGGACAGUGAGUGCGCACAUAAUCACGAUGACCCCCCACAGUCAUGAAAAACAAUCACCAACACUUUUAGAGGAAGGACUUGGAGGAGGACGUGUUGUUAAACACUUAGCUAGCAUUUAACUGAAAUACUUCUUUGUAGCCUACAGAUGACAGAACUCAUGACAGAUAACUGACUUUUGUACAGCAGUAUAUCCAUAGACUUGUAUGCAUUCGGUGCACAUAUUCCUUUUUGAGUCUAUUUUCUACUGAGCCAAAGUACUAGAUGUAUAACUCCACUACUCAGCAGUCUUAUUUGUUAAAAAAAAAAAAAUAGUCACUACGAUUCCAAGCCUCUUGUGUACUCAUAGCACUGAUCUCUGCAGUAUUUGUUUUUGUUUUGUUUCGUCUAUCAGUAUUAUUCUGAGGCACAAAUGUCCGUCGUCCACCCCGCGCAGCUGAUAGGAGACACACCUCUCUGACGGUCAGCUGGGUACGACACCAGCAGUUGGUCUUUAGAUAGAGGCAAAGGGGAAGAGGAUGUGCAGUGUUCCUUUUGUGUGCUGUGCUGUUACUCUAUGCAAGUUGUGACCCUAAAAUGUACUGUAUAUUGCAAAAAAAAA